AUGGGCAUGGCAGCGGCGUCGGGGGGCAGCUCCCUGCCCAGCGGCAUCUCGGUCUUCACCACCUUCCCAGACCUGCUCUUCAUCUUCGAGUUUGUCUUCGGGGGCCUGGUGUGGAUCCUGAUAGCCUCGUCGCUGGUGCCCCUGCCACUGGUCCAGGGAUGGGUGAUGUUCGUGUCUGUGUUCUGCUUCGUGGCCACCACUACCCUGCUCGUCCUGUACAUAAUUGGCGCCCACGGCGGGGAGGCUUCCUGGGUCACCCUGGAUGCGGCCUACCACUGCACCGCCGCCCUGUUUUACCUCAGCGCCUCGGUCCUGGAGGCUCUGGCCACCAUCCAGAUGUACGAGGGCUUCACCUACCGGCAAUACCACGAGAACAUCUCCGCCGUGGUGUUUUCAUAUGUAGCCACUCUGCUGUACGUGGCCCACGCCGUGUUUUCUUUAAUCCGAUGGAAGUCUUCAUAAAGCAGAAGAACUUUAGCCGCACACCCAAACGGUGAUAACUGAUCAGCCCUCCUUCCAGCAUAACUUUCUAGAAUGCAGGCAUGCUCUCUGGUGGAAAAAAGAAAACAAACCAAAACAAGCAACACUCUGUUUCCUGCGGGUGUUAUGUUUACUGUCCCAUAGACCUUCAUGUCAGGGUUGCGGGCCAGCUACCUUUAACAUGCAAUGAGGGCUGUCUUUCUGGGGUCAUUUCCUGUUUUUUGCAAGGG